AUGGGUAAAGAGGAAUCAUUAGAACAUAAUAAACUAUUAGUAGAAUUGAGCAAUAAAGAAGAAUCAAAAUUACAAGGAAUUCUUUGGAAUCCAAAUAAAAACACACUGCAUUACAGGAGUCCGCCGGGAAAUGUAGGGAAAAAAAUAACAAAAACGGUUGGCAGAAAUAUCAAGGUUGUUCGAUCUGUUAGAGCUAGCAGGGCCAAUCGUCCGCUAUGGUUAAAGUCAGACAAGAAAGAAUGGCCUUUGUCAAGUGUUGAACUAAGAGAAGACUUGAUAAGUGAAGAGCGGAGCGAUACUGUAGUUGCAACAACGUUAGUCAACAAAACGUUCACUUUAUACGACAAGGACAGCGUGUUACAAGUCGGGGGAAAACUAAGAAACGCUCAGCUAAUGGAAGACAUGCAGAAUCCCAUUAUUUUACCAGCGCGACAUCAGUUGACAAGACUAAUCAUAAUAUGGAAUCACGAAAGACUUUUCCAUACGGGAUCACAAGCAACUUUAACAGCGACAAGAAAAGAAUAUUGGCCGGUGUCAGGAAAAAGCGAAAUAAAAAAGCUCGUAAAAGGAUGCAUAAAAUGCCGAAAAGCAUCUCCAGCUUCAAAUCAGCAAAUUAUGGGUCAAUUACCAGCCGCUCGAGUUAACGCAGUAAGACCGUUUCUAAAUACGGGGGUAGAUUAUUGCGGACCCUUGUUUGUAAGGGAUAGAGUGAAAAGAAGCAACAAACAAUACAAAGCAUACGUUACAGUUUUCGUAUGCACGGCGACAAAAGCAGUACAUCUGGAGUUGGUGGAAAAUAUGACAACCAAGUCAUUUAUCGGAGCUCUCAACAGGUUAACGGCCAAGCGCGGCAAGGUGCAAAAUACCUAUGUACUUCGACAACGGCACCAAUUUUCAUGGAGCGGAUCGCGAGUUGCAAAAAUGGAUUCAAUCAGCAGAAUUCAAAGAAAAAGUUAUUGGAGCUGCAGUCCAGGAGCAUAUAAAUUGGCAUUUUUACCGUUUAGAGCACCACAUUUUGGAGAAAUUUUGGAGGCGGCUUACGAUCAAUGA